GUAGCAACGCAUACUCCGCUCUGCGAUCUCAAAGAAUCAUGCCGGGCAUACUGUUGGGAGAUGUUUUUCCAAACUUCGAAGCGGAGACGACAAUUGGCAAGAUAAAAUUUCAUGAGUUUCUGGGAAAGUCAUGGGGGAUCCUGUUCUCUCACCCUCGUGACUUUACGCCAGUGUGCACCACAGAGCUGGCCUGUGCAGCCAAGAUCAGCGAUGAGUUUGCAAAGCGUGAUGUGAAGAUGAUUGCCCUGUCCAUUGACAGCGUGCAGGACCAUCGCAGCUGGAGUGAGGACGUCAUGGCGUUUAGCGGUGUGAAGGCCAGUUCUCCCAUGCCCUUCCCCAUCAUUGCCGACGACAAGCGGGAGUUGUCUGUCAUGCUGGGAAUGUUGGACCCUGAUGAGAAAGACAAGGACGGCAUGCCGCUUACAGCUCGCUGUGUGUUUGUCAUUGGGCCGGAUAAGAAGCUGAAGCUUUCCAUUCUCUACCCCGCCACCACGGGGCGCAACUUUAACGAGAUUCUGCGGGCCAUCGACUCCCUGCAGCUGACGGCCAAGAACAAGGUGGCAACACCUGUGGACUGGAAGCCUGGUGAUGACGUCAUGGUCAUUCCCACCCUCUCGGACGCCGAGGCUGCCAAGCUGUUUCCCGCCGGCAUCAACACUAAAGACCUGCCCUCUGGGAAGAAAUACCUGCGCUACACACCUCAGCCCUGAGACGGGGCAGAGAGCAGGGGAGUGGGGCAGGGCCGCCGUCUGGGCCCUGCUGGGGUCUUUUCUCUUCGACUCAACCGUUGGCUUUACUGACCGGACAGCAGCAUUCACGGUUCUCGCUUCAUCUCAGUUUAAUUUGCUGAAUUUAGAAACAGUAAACUGUGCCAAACCUUCUUCUCAAUGAAAUAAAAGCUCUUUGUUGUAACUGAAGUGCUUGAGUCUCUUUGGAUUUAAAGACUGGGCAUUGAAGGGCUCCGAAUGCAAUAAAAAAAACAAAAAAUGUU